GCUGGAGUAUGAUGGAGGUAAAUUGGUUUUGUCUAGAUACAAAUACCGAAUGAUUACCGCAAAUAUUUUUUACUCUAGAACCAGUCUCCAGAACUAUCUUAGUCUGGACAAGAAGUAAUGAUGCAUCCAACACUUGUGCCAGCUGCGAUCGCAUUUGCGGUCAUAUUUCUAUUGCGUUUCAUUCACACCGUAAUGUGCGGUCUCUUCCCCAAGGAAUGCACCUGCAAGAAAAAUCAUAUUCUCAUCCGCGACCUCUCAAAAGCGACCGCUAUUCUCAGAUUCUCGACGCUUCAAUCCCGCGCUCCUCCAAACCAACGUCUUGUCUCUGUCUUCUUCAUUUCCAACGCUUUCACCACGACUGACAAAGUCGUCUAUAACUCCUCUGUUGCAGAAGCGAAAGAUCUUCUAAAGACAUCCAAUGAUGAUUCCUUGGGUCUGGCAGAUGAUACAUUACGUCUGGCUCGAGAGAUCUCCUUACCGGCUUCCUCCACCGAGCCUAUACAUCUGAACUCGCUAAUCCAACUCGUCUGCUUCCGAUUCGUCCUUCUCAAAUUCUUUCCCUCCACAACCGUGGUUCCGUGCUCAAACUCGUCUAUUCUCCGCAUAACUGGACUCAUAAAUGCACUUUGGAUAUCAUCUAAAUGUUCCUGUUCCUCUGGCCGAUCACAUGUGUCGAUGCAAGACUCGCUACAACACGAAAUCGAUUCACUGUUUCCUCGCCUAGAAAAAGAAAAUAAAAAUCCACUGAACAUUAUCCUUCCCGCAUACGAAACGCUAUGGCGAGUUGUCCUUCGUUGCUUCCUAGAAGUUUCAUUUCUUAGCCCGUCCGAAGUCACGACGCAAUGGAAGAAGAUCAUCCACGAAUUCCUACGGAACAUAAGCCAAGAAAAUUUCAGUGAACGGAAAGGAAGAUGUUCAGCUCAGGAUAUUGUGUUUGAGUCUCUGCGACUAUAUCCGCCAACAAAAAGAAUAUAUCGUCAAAACCAGAGGGAUGGAUGGAUCGCCGCUAUCGAUAUUGAAUAUUUACAGAGGACCGAAGAGAUAUGGGGUACGGAUGGAAGUGAGUUUAGACCUGAGCGUUGGAGUGAAUUGGAAAGCAGUGGUGACAAGGCAUACAAAGAAGCGUGGAUGCCGUUUGGGAAAGUUAGUUUUCAAUGUCCGGCGUCGAAGGUGGCACCGAUGAUGAUUGCAAUGUUGGUGGGAUGUUUAGUUGAGACUUUUGGUAACGGUCAGUGGAUUUUGGAAGAUAUAUGGAGAGAUAAUGAGAUAUUGAGGGGACAAUCCUUGGACAAUGGGAGGGAGGCAUUUGGAAGUGUAUUUUUGAGACGGGCUGAGGUGAGCUAAGAGUCUGGGUGAUGGGUGGGAUGAGGGUCGCGAAGUUGGAUUAAAAGAAGUGGGUGUUAGGCGUACACUGAGUAGACGAUGCUACUUAUA